AUCUCACGAUGGGUGCAAAUCGUCAGAACUUCCGUACGGCGUCCACUGUCGGCGUAAUUUUAGUGUUGUUUACAUUGCACAGUUUAAUCGAGUGUAAAGUGUUCGAAAAAUGUCCGCUAGCUAGAAUGCUGGACAAGCAAAAGAUUUCUUCUCGAUCACUGAUUUCCAAUUGGGUUUGUCUGGUAAUGGCCGAGAGUGGCGGUGACACCAGCAAAGUAACCACACUCGAUAAUGACUCCGCCAACUACGGUAUCUUCCAGAUUAACAGCAAAACCUGGUGCCGAGAAGGACGCAAAGGUGGUCGUUGCAAUAAGAAGUGUGAAGACUUCCUGACCGACGAUCUCAAUGACGAUAUUGAAUGUGCCAAGCAGAUCUACAGCGAUGGCGGUUUCGGUGCGUGGAAAGGAUGGGUUAACCGGUGCAAGCAGAAGACCCUGCCCGAUUUGUCAUCAUGCUGGACCUAGGCUCUGUUUCAUUACAUUGUUGGUAGCUAUUGGAAACUGUU